AUGUGGUUGGUUCUGCUUCCUUUAAUGAAGAUCAUUGCUCGUUUCCACCGCGACAAUGUUAGAUUACAUAAUUUUUCUGGAACAACGAAACCGUCAACUGUGUAUCCAUUUUCUAUUGUUAUAUUAUUGCUAACAACAGUAACGGAGUCCUUGGAAAUGCUUGAAGAAAAUGAUGGGGCUGUUAUCACAGCGAAUCAAAAAGAAAGCAGUUCUCUUAUUUAUUCUACACUUGAAGAAAGUGAAGAGUUUGGGACCAUAGCGAGUCAAGAAGAAAGCACUUCUACAAUUUAUCCUACAACAAUGACGAUAGAAACAACGUCCGCAAUAAUUUCCUCAUCAAGAAAAAACUAUGAAAAGACAAAUGGAGCACCAACGUCUUCGUGGACAGUUCCUGAUCGACGAGUCCAAUUGCUAAACGGAGACGAAGAACGUAUGCCGGUCAUCAUUGUUUUUAUCAUUGCGGUGAUGCUGGUUCUUUGUGUCGCAUCGAUGUUCGCUUAUGGUUUUGCAUUUUUUAGAAGGAAUAAUUCGAAGAUUUAUUCAGAACCUAAAAGAAGAAGAGUCAUCACAACGUCGAAGAAAUUGAAACCGAAAUCAAAAGAAACACAAAUAGCAAAACCUAGCAAGGAAGAUCUAAAGCAAAAUGGUCAGCCAGCGAAGCAUACAACCUCGCAGGAAGAAAUUAAAAUUUCAAGUUCAAGUGCCGAAAAUGUAAACGUAGUAUUCGAUAAGACUCAAACUGGUACGAUCGUGGAAACACCUAUUCAGAGGAUGGAGAAGGAAGCAACCGAAGGCAUAAAAGAAGAGACUUUUCGAGAAAAUAGCAGAAUUCUGGGGCUACUGGAAGAAUCGGAAACCGAAACACGAGGAAACUCUCGUGAAAUUAUUAAAUGA